UAAAUUAAAACAAAUCAUAUUAUUCACACUUUGCUUCAACUACUCUCUCACUCUCUCUCUCUCUCUAUAGACCAAAGAGAGAAGAAAGUCUUUGCUCGUUUUCCUCUUCACCUGUCUUCUGCAACUUCGAUCCACCACAUACUUUUUUUUCUCUAUCUUCACCCAAAAACAUAAUCACAGAGAUCCCCUCUUCCGUCCACGUGGCUCUCCGUGAGGGGAGGAGGCAAAUGAGGGAAUGUUCUCCUGGUUUGCAAGGAUGGCUCUCUGUUGUCUGCGGCCGAUGCGUCGGUACGGUCGUAUGAACAAAGAUGAUGAUGAUGAAAACGAUGAUGAUCACGAAGGUGACUCCCUGCUUUGGUCUAGGGAGCUUGAGAGGCAUUCUUUUGGUGAUUUCUCCAUGUCUGUCGUGCAAGCUAACGAGAUUGUUGAGGAUCAUAGCCAAGUGGAGACAGGGAAAGGAGCUGUCUUUGUUGGAGUUUAUGAUGGUCAUGGUGGUCCUGAAGCUUCUAGAUACAUCUCUGACCAUCUCUUUGCCCACUUGAUGAGAGUGUCGAGAGAGCAGGGCGGAAUUACAGAGGAGGCUCUGAGGGCGGCGUAUUCUGCAACUGAGGAAGGGUUUCUAACGCUUGUGAGAAGGACUUGCGAGUUUAAACCGUUGAUUGCAGCUGUUGGAUCUUGCUGUCUGGUCGGAGUUAUCUGGAAAGGGACUUUACUUAUAGCUAACGUUGGUGAUUCCCGUGCUGUGCUUGGCACCAUGAGGUCAAACAAGAUUGUAGCUGAGCAGUUGACUAGUGAUCACAAUGCUGCUUUGGAAGAAGUUAGACAAGAGCUUAAAUCAUUGCAUCCUGAUGAUUCGCACAUCGUUGUACUCAAACACGGUGUGUGGCGCAUCAAAGGCAUCAUUCAGGUAUCUAGAUCAAUAGGGGAUGCUUACUUGAAGCGACCAGAGUUCUCUCUUGAUCCUUCAUUUCCACGGUUCCAUCUCCCUGAACGGCUACAAAGACCGGUUCUAUCAGCAGAGCCUUGUGUCUACACAAGAGUCUUGCAAACAAGUGAUAAGUUUGUGAUAUUUGCAUCGGAUGGACUCUGGGAACAAAUGAGCAACCAACAAGCUGUAGAGAUAGUCAAUAAACAUCCUCGUCCUGGAAUAGCGAGAAGGUUGGUGAGAAGAGCGAUGAACAUAGCUGCAAAGAAGAGAGAGAUGAGGUAUGAUGAUUUGAAGAAAGUGGAGAGGGGAGUGAGGAGAUUCUUUCAUGAUGAUAUAACGGUGGUUGUGAUAUUCAUAGACAAUGAGCUUCUUAUGGUGGAGAAAGCUACUGUUCCUGAACUCUCCAUUAAAGGUUUCUCUCAUACUGUUGGACCUUCCAAGUUUAGUAUCUUCUUCUCUUAAACAAAAAAGAAAGUUGUUUCUUCUUUACCAUUUAUUAUUGUCUUUACUCCCACAGAUAUUUUAUUAUGUUAAAAGGGAAAAGGAUAGAACACUGAUGUUGUGGAAUUGUAACUUUUUAUAGAGGAUUCGAUUUUUGUACCAAC